CAUCAGUGUGCGCCGAGCGAGCUGCAGGCAUGGCUACACCGGGGUUCUCAGCCGUGAAGCCUGGCAGGAGCUGGGGGCCGGGGAGAGGCAGAGGACGAGGCGGACCGGGAAGGGGGGCCCUAAAAGGAAUGGCGGCUGAGGGAUCUGGGGUCCCACCGUCUCCGGGAGGUCAAAAAAACAAAAAGUCUAAACGGAGAUGGGUACACCCUGAUAGGAAAGCCUUCCCGGGCAGCGCGAAGGAAGGUAAGCUGUAUGGGGUCCGGGCUAUGGAUACCCACCUUCCAGCUGGCUGGCCACGCGUCAUUAGAGUGGUAGUCCUAAAACACUGGGUGGGUAAAACAUUUGGCCACCUCUGCUCUCUGUGUGACACCCCCCCAACCCCCUGAUAAUGGCUAUCUUACUCAAUGAGCUAGCCUCCAUUGCAGGGCUCGCUGAUUAAGGUAAACUAGAAAAAUGGUCAGAGUUGUGGCAACUGACAUUUAAUGUGGAUAAGUGCAAGAUAAUGUAAUAGAGCAGCAGGAAAUGCUAGCAGAAUGUUUGGUUGUAUAGGAAGAGGUAUUUGCAGUAGAAAGAGGGAAGUGCUCAUGCCAUUGUACAGAACACUGGUGAGACCUCACUUGGAGUAUUGUACGCAGUACUGGAGACCGUAUCUUUAGAAGGAUAUUGAUACCUUAGAGAGGGUUCAGAGAAAGGCUACUAAACUGGUUCAUGGAUUGCGGGAUAAAACUUACCAGGAAAGGUUAAAGGACAACUAUAGGCACCCAGACCACUUCAGCUCAAUGAAGUGGUCUGGCUGCCUGGUCCCCCUAGUUUUACCUUGCAGCUGAAAACAUAGUUUCAGAGAAACUCCCUGACAGCCACUAGAAGCUGCUUCUGCGAUCCUCAAUGCGAAGAUCGCAUUGGGCUCACGCUGGACAUCCGUAGGAAAGCUUUGUGUAAUGCUUUCCUGUGGGCGGUUUGAAUGCACACACAGCUCUGGUCGCGCAUGCGCAUUGGGAGCUGACGUCGGCAGGGGGAGGAGAGGUCACCGGCGCUGGAUUAAGGUAAGUGCCCGUUCAACCCAGUGGGAGGGGGGCUCCGAGGGAGGGGGGGCAUAAUAACCCUAUGCAGAAAUCUCUCAAUACUGGAUUUGUCUCCUCUUCCUGUGCUGCCAGUGUGAGGAUGUCAAACGUUGUUUCACAGUGUUAAACUUUGUCAUAAUCCAGGAAGCGCCUCUCGAAACUGUGUUUCGUUGGCUUGUUACCGAUCCUACGAUUGGCUUUCUACUCCACUGCUCUUCACUGCACGGCAAGACGAUUGCUGCUUGCAAUGGAUCGCUCCACCAGUCGAUCCUAUAGACGGAAUUACCACUCCGGAUCUGACCAAUCGGAGGUAGCUAGGGGGGAGGUGAUUUAUGACAGGAGGAAACUACUGUACUGACUUUUCUCUCCCUGUCCUAUUGCGAAUGCACGGCAAAACACCCCUCUGAUCCAAUUAGCAUCUCUUCAUAGAGAUGCAUUGAAUCAUUAUUGUUAUUAUGUUAUUUAUAUAGCGCCAUCAAAUUCCUCAGCACUUUACAAUGGGUGGACGAACAGACAUGUAGUUGUAACCAGACAAGUUGGACACACAGGAACAGAGGGGUUGAGGGCCCUGCUCAAUGAGCUUAAAUGCUAGAGGGAAUGGGGUAAAAUUACACAAAAAGGUAAGGAUAGUAUUAGACUAGUGAUAGUUGCAGAAGAGGAAUCAGUCAGAAGCUAUUAACAGUUUAAUUGAUACGCUUUUAUGAAGAAGUGGGUUUUUAACAUCAUUACAUUACACCUCUAUGCGGAAUGUUCAGCAUCUCUGUCUUAUUGAUUACCAGUUGAGGUGUUCCUAAGCAGGAAUGUAAACACUGUCUUUUCUCUGAAAAAGCAGUACUUUCAUUGCUGAACCUGCAGGGACAGGUUGUAGACCCCCAAACAGCCACAUUAAGCUCUGGUGCCUAUAGUGUCCCUUUAACUCUGCAAUGUAAACAUUGCACUUUCUCUGAAACCACAAGAAGGGGCACUGCACCUAGACUGCUCCAAUGACAUGAAGUGAUCUGGGUGCCUAUAGUGUCCAUUUAGGUCUUCAAUGCAUAACCUCUAUUGUGCUAGUACCAAAACGCAGGCCCCCCGCAGCUGUUACAACUUGAGUAGUUGGUUUUAUAGUUCAUAAGUUGUAAAUACUUUUAUUUAUCCUUGUUAUACAGUAUUUUUAGUUUUGUGGUGUACACUCAGUAGCUAGGCACAUACCCACACUAAAUGUUGCUCUGUUCCUUCAGUCUUUUUAAGAGGAACAUAAGACACCCAUAUGUUAGAUGCAGUGUGUAUUGAUUAGGUUGCCAUUAUUAGGGCUCGACCGAUUAUCGCUCUGGACGAUAUGAUCAGCUGAUAUUCUGGAUUUUAUGAGUAUCGGCCGAUAAUGCAGACCAGGACCACCAUCAGGGUCCUGGGGGGCCCAGGACACUCUUACUUACGUUCCCAGAAGCUUCCCUGUCUAACUCUAGCGAGUCCCGCGGCCGUCAGUGCGUUGCCACGGGUUACCAUGGCAAUGCUCUGCACAGCACACAGGCCGCGAGAGUUAGACAGGGGAGCUGCUGGGAAGGAAAGUAAGAGUGUCCUGGGCCCCCUCUGCACAGUCCAUGUCACCGGACCACCAGGAAAUGCCAUAUCCCCCCCUCCCUGGCCAAGUAAGAAGCAGGGAGGGGGGACUAAAACAUAAUUUAAAAAAUAAAUAAGUAAAGAAAAUAAAUAUGCCCCCCCCAUUUUACACACUUACCAUACCUACACAAACACUCACUGCACAAACACACACUACACAAACACACACACACACACACACACUUUACAUUUAUUAUAUACACACACUACACAAACACUCUGCAUUCAUUAUUUCAUUAUAUACACACAUUACACAAACACUCUGCAUUCAUUAUAUACACACACACUACACAAACACACACACUCUGCAUUCAUUAUAUACAUACACUACACAAACACUAUGCAUUUAUUAUAUAUACACACUACACAAACACUCUGCAUUCAUUAUAUAUACACACUACACAAACACUCUGCAUUCAUUAUAUAUACACACUACACAAACACUCUGCAUUCAUUAUAUAUACACACUACACAAACACUGCAUCCAUUAUAUAUACACACUACACAAACACUCUGCAUUCAUUAUAUAUACACAGUACACAAACACUCUGCAUUCAUUAUAUAUACACACUACACAAACACAAACACACUCUGCAUUCAUUAUAUACAUACACUACACAAACACUCUGCAUUCAUUAUAUAUACACACUGCAUUCAUUAUACAAACACACACACAUACACUCUGCAUUAAUUAUAUACACACACGGCACAAACACACACUCUGCAUUCAUUAUAUACACACACUACACAAACAUACUGCAUUCAUUAUAUACACACACUCGUGGCACAAACACACACUCUGAAUUCACUACACACUACACACACACACACACACACUACACAAACACACACUGCAUUCAUUAUAUAUACACAAACACACACUGCAUUCAUUAUAUAUACACACUACACAAACACUCUGCAUUCAUUAUAUACACACACUACACUAACACUCUGCAUUCAUUAUAUAUACACACACAUACACUCUGCAUUCAUUAUAUACACACAUACACACUGCAUUCAUUAUAUACACACACGGCACAAACACACACUCUGCAUUCAUUAUAUACACACACUACACAAACAUACUGCAUUCAUUAUAUACACACACUCAUGGCACAAACACACACUCUGAAUUCACUAUACACACUACACACACACACUGCAUUCACUAUACACACACACUACACAAACACACACUGCAUUCAUUAUAUAUACACACUACACAAACACUCUGCAUUCAUUAUAUACACACACUACACAUACACUCUGCAUUCAUUAUAUAUACACACACACACUCUGCAUUCAUUAUAUACACACACUACACAUACACUCUGCAUUCAUUAUAUAUACACACAUACACUCUGCAUUCAUUAUAUACACACACUACACAAUCACACUGCAUUCAUUAUAUACACACACGGCACAAACAUACUGCAUUCAUUAUAUACACACACUCAUGGCACAAACACACACUCUGAAUUCACUAUACACACUAUACACACACACUACACAAACACACACACUGCAUUCAUUAUAUACACAUUACACAAACACACACACUGCAUUCACUAUACACACUACACAAACACACACUCUGCAUCCACUACACAAACAUCCACUACACAAACACACACACGCUGCAUUCACUAAUCAAAUACUCUCACUGCAUCCACUACACACACAUAUAUUCUUGAAAACAUAAAACAUUCUGACUGGCAUGUAUAUUUUGUGCAUUUACCUUAAUAAAAAAAAAGAUUUGCAAACUAAAUAAAAUAAACAUAUUCAGUUAACAGUAGAUUUGUGUAGAAAUAGUUUUUUGUUUUUUAAAUGGUAAAUGUGCAGAAUAUCGGUAAGUUAUCAGCCUGAAAGUUCACAGAUUAUCAGUAUCGGCUCUAAAAAAAUCAAUAUCGGUCGAUCCCUAGCCAUUAUGCUAGAUGGACAUUCAAAUUAAUGUUCUUUUGUAAUCAAUUGCAGUUUAUGUAUUUGCAGCAGACUGGAUUUUUUAAUGUGAGUUAUUGUUUUUGUAUAUAUUUUUAACUCAUUGCCUAUGUAAAGCAUAGAAAGGGGUUUAUCAUGAUUUCCUUGGCCCCUUCUCUGUCUGCUAGAAUUCUAAAUUGUAUUGGUAAACAAAUACUCUGUCAGUGAUGUUGAUUUUUAGCCUAUUAUGUUUAUAUGCACAUUUAUGUGCCUUUAUGUACGUAUACCUAUCUAUGGUUCUUAGCAGCAAUACUCCUCCAUGAUGUGGAUACAUUGGUUUUAUUGCCACUAUGCAGUACUAUCAUUCAGUGUCUCCACCUUCUGCAUGGAGACACUGAUUCAAUGCAUCUCUAUGAGGAGAUGCUGAUUGGACAGGGCUGUGUUCGGCUUUGCCCCUGAUCUGCCUCCUUGACAGUCUCAGCCAAUCCAACGGGAAAGCAUUGUGAUUGGCUCAAAACAACAUCUGAUGAUGUCAACCAAGCAGGCAGAUUGGGGCAGAGCCAGCAGCUGCAGACUUGAACAAAAGUCAGAUUUUACUAUGUUUAGGGGGGCUAGAUGGUGGUUUUAGGGUAAGAAAUACUUGUGUUUCUGACCCUAUAGUGUAUCUUUAAAACUGUUCAGAUCUGUAUUUUUUUCAAUUUUUAUAACAUAUUUAAGUUGGAUCAGAUUUUUUUCUAGAGAUUGACCGAUAUUGAUUUUUUUUAAAACCGAUACCGAUAAUCUGUUAACUUUCAGGCCAAUAGCCGAUAACUUGCCGAUAUUCUGUGCAUUUACCAUUUUGAAAAAAUAAACUAUUUCUAAAGGUAAAUGCACAAAAUAUACAAGCCACAUGCAGUGUGUUUAGACAGUGGAGCUGUGUGUAUUUGUGUAGUGUGUAUAUAAUGAAUGCAGGGUGUGUUUGUGUAGUGUGUAUAGUUAAUACAUAGUGUAUAGUUAAUGCAGGGUGUGUGUAGUGUGUAUAGUUAAUACAUAGUGUAUAGUUAAUGCAGUGUCUGUGUAGUGUGUAUAGUUAAUGCAGUGACUGUGUAGUGUGUAUGUAAUGAAUGCAGAGUGUGUGUAUAGUGAAUGCGGUGUGUGUGUGUAGUGUGAAUGGCGAACGCAGUGUGUAUAUAACAUAAUGUAGUGUGUGUAUAUAAUGCAGAGUGUGUGGUGUGUGCAUUAUAUACACACACUACAUUAUCUAUACACACACACUACAUUACAUUAUAUACACACAACAUUACAUUAUAUACACACACUACACACUCUGCAUUAUAUACAGAGUGUGUAGUGUGUAUAUAAUGCAGAGUGUGUGUGUUUUCCUGAAGGGAUGUGAUUUGUGUAAAAUGGGGGGGAGAGGGGUGAAGGCAUUUUUAAUUAAAAUUUUUAAUGUUUGUUUUAUUUUAAUUUUUUGUCCCCCCUCCCUGCUUGUUGCCUGGCCAGGAAGGGGGGCUAUAGCAGUCUCUGGUGGUCCAGUGGCCUUGGCUGAGCAGUGGGGGUGCCAGCAACAAGCACUUACUUACCUCUACUGCAGCUCCUCCAGCUCCCUGUAUAAAUCUUGCGGCCUGCUUGCCGCGCGGAGCAUUGCCAUGGUAAUCCGUGGCAAUGCUCUAACGGCCGCGGGUCUCGCGAGAUUUAUACAGGGAGCUGGAGGAGCUGCCGGGAAGGUAAGUAACAGCUUGCUGCCGGCCCCCUAGGACUGCCGGGCUUGUAAUUGGCCCGGCGGUCCUAGGAGGUAUAAUCGGCAAUAUCGGUAUCUAUGGCCGAUACCGAUAUUGCCGAAAAUACCAAAUAUCGUCCGAUUAUAUCAGUAAAACCGAUAAUCGGUCGAUCCCUAUUUUUUUGUCAUGACAAGUUUGUCAUUAGUGGAUUCUUUUUUUUCUCUCUUCUGCUUUCUUUAAACUGUUGCAUAUCUGCAUUAUUAUGGAAAUUCUUAAACCUUUCUUUUGCUGUGCCUUUUAAAUGAGUUAUACCAUAAGCCAGGCAUAGGCAAACUUCGACACUCCAGAUGUUUUGGACUACACCUCCCAUGAUGCUUUGCAAGCAUUAUGGUUGUAAGAGAUUUAGUCCACAUCAUCUGGAGUGCCGAAGGUUGCUUAUCCCUGCAUAGGCUAUAAUGUUCAGCAUACAAUCACUUUUCCUUCAACCAUACUCAACUGAAUAGUUUUUAUUGACUUUUUGAACAUUUUGCUCACAAUCUGGAGAACUUAAUUUCUAAGGAAAGAUUAAGCUAAGCAUAAUAUCAUUCAUCUAGUUUUUUUUAUUCAAUUGGUAUGUGGUAGUGAAUGUUUUCAUACUUUAUAUCAGAAGCUUUAUCCAACAAUUAUCAAAAUGAUGCUCUUUGUGGAAGUUUUUUUUUGGGGCGGUCAUGUUUUCCGUUUUAAACAUUUUCCUAUAUUUAACCCAUAUCAUGUAUUUUUCUUCUAUGUGAAGGACAUGGAUUUGCACUAUGGAGAAAACAAAAAGUUCAGCUGGAGUAUAAAAAACUGUUAAGAAAGCAAAGGAAGAUCAGCGUUGCUAAAGAUGAUAUUUACACUGACAAGUACCCGGAACAUUUAAAGCAUCUUUACUUGGCAGAAGAAGAGAUGUUAAAAAAGCAAGAAAAAAUGAAAAGACCAGAAAAUAGCACAGAGGAAGCAGCAGAUGAGGAAACCCCUAAAAUGUAAGUUGCUCAUGUGUGGAUUUGGAUAGUCUGACGUGCGCACUGUAAAUCCAUGAAGGUUUAAUUCCAAUGAAAGUAAAAAGAUUACUGUGAGUGUUUCAGGGGAAAAAAGUAUAAAUAGUAAAGCUAAUAGGUGCUCAUCAUACCUGUUGAAAAACGGGGAUAUUCGUGUAGUUUAAUUCUUGCAGUUUGUGUUUUGUGUAAAUAAACAUAAUAUAUAGCCAUCACAUGGGCGCACUUGGAAAGUGGAAAACAUAAACAUAGUAAUGUUAUUAUUAACUAAAUACCAAGGGGUAUUCAACUCGUAUGUUACAGAGUCAAAGAUCUUGGCUCGGUCAUCACAGACAACUUAUUAUGAUAGCCUAUCACCCCACAUAACACUAUGAUUUCUGCCAAUAUGUUGAAUAGUAAGACAACCUGAUAGCAUAAAUUAGUUACUAAAGAUUUUAUGAAAAAUUAAAUUUCUAUAUUUCCUUUGUUUUCUGUUAUCUGAAUCUACACGGUGGUGUGAAAUAUCUAGUUAAUAUUGUUAAUCUGGUUUAAUCAAAACCUGUUUUGGUCAAGAUGAUUCUCUUAAUUAUUUUUCUAUAUCUUUUAAUAUGUGGUGUAAAAUUUCCAUAGUUUUGCCGCUGUUUGAUUCUUCAACAUGUUUACAUUUUAUACAGACCUGCUAAGAAGUUCAAAAAGAAAACCUCAAACCAAAAAGCAAAAGAAGAGUAUGAGAAUGUUCAGAAAGAGCGUGCAAAGAAAAGAGAGGUAAGGGAAUUGAUCUACUCCAUUCAGUGGUGAUGCUUGACCUGUUAGCACUUACCUUGGGUUCACCCUGCUCAAACAAGCUUAUAGUCUGUAGGAGGUGGGGUGUAAGACACAAUAGGGCAGGAAUAUCAAUCAAAUAAGGUGGGAGUGAAGCAGCAUAGCUGGAGGAGAUAGUAGAGUGCUACACGUUAGGAGAGAGCAAGAGACAGGUAUGUGAGGUCGAGGUUACUCUGGGAGGCUAGAGGCUUUCCUAAAGAGAUGGGUUUUCAGGCACUUUUUUAAACGAUUGAAGACUAGGGGAAAGCAAGUGUGAGUUGGCCGUAUGGGUGCAAGCAGCGAACAGGAGAAGGUCAUGGGCAGAGCGGAGAGACCGAGCAGGGGCAUACCUAUGGAUCUGUGAAGAGAUAUAAGAGGGGCUAUAAUUGUUCAAUGCUUUAUAGGCAUGGGUUAGUUCUUUGAAUUGACUCCUAUAAGAUAGAGGAAGCCAAUGUAAGGACAGACAGAGGGAUGGGGUGUGAGAGGACCGACUAGAGUGGAAAAUCAGUCUGGCGACAGCAUUCAUUACAAACUGUAGCGGUGCAAUACGGUUUUUGGGAAGACCAAUUAGGGGGGUGUUACAAUAAUCUAUGCAGGAAAUUACUAGAGCAUGGAAAAGCUCUUUAGUAUUCUAGCCCUUGUACUUUACCAGGUUUACUGAGUUAUUUUGUUAAUUUAGUGUCUGUGUUGUGUUCUAUUUUUAAUUUUGUUUUCAAUGUAACAUAAAAGAGUCUUUGUUGUAUAUUGAUUUGAGGCAUAUGUUAUAUGUUCACUCUUCACUGGCUGAGAAGCUGUGCAUUUUGACAGCUGACAUGUUUCUUUGCACUUUCCACCGCCAAACAUACAUGGUACAGGGAGCUGUCACAAGCUGUUCUUCUCUGUGUCUUGAUCUCUAGGAAGCUGAGAAGAGACGGAAAGAAAUGGAAGAGGCCCAGGAGCUUUACAAGAAAAAGAAAAUAGAAUCCUAUAAAAUAUUAAGUGCAAAAACAAAGAAAGGACAGCCAAACUUUAACCUCCAAAUGGAACACCUACUUCAAAAGAUUCAGCAAAAAUCUUAACAAGCGUUUCAAUCUACAGUGACUGGUGCAUCAUCAUUGAUGCGUUGCAAUGUUUCCUCUCAUUAGAGGUUGCACCUGUAUGGUGGUGUUUUUGUUUUGUAAUAUUAAAAUAUAAUUGUAUUUUUAAAAUCGUAACUUUUUACUAUAUGUUUGUUUUGUCACUAUUGAUUAAAUACAUGCAGGUUUUGCAGUUAACAAAACCAAUACAAACACAGAAUUGGAGAUGUGUACUAUUUUAUUUUUCCCUUUAUCGGACAUGUUAGACUUUGUCGAGGUGUUGACUUUGCUCGUUCUCAGAUCCAUAUAAAUGUGGUGAAAAAUAAAGGCUGAAAGAUUGACUAAUAUAUAUUAUUAUUAUUAUUAUUAUUGCCAUUUAUAUAGCGCCAACAGAUUCCGUAGCGCUUUACAAUAUUAUGAGAGGGGGGAUGUAACUAUAAAUAGGACUAUUACAAGAAAACUUACAGGAACAAUAGGUUGAAAAGGACCUUGCUCAAACGAGCUUACAGACUAUAGGAGGUGGGGUAUUAGAAACAUAUCUUUACAUUUAAUUGUUUUCUAUUGAAAUAGUAAUGUUGCUUGUGGUGUACCAUGCUUUUACAAAUGACUAAAUGAUUGCUGCUUUGCAGCUUCUUAAAAAUGGUGGUAUGCCUUUCAAGGGGUUUAGUGAUUGCAACAGCUUUUUCUGUGUUUGCAAUUAUGAACUUAUUAGCAUGAAAAUUAUCAGACAAAGGGUACCUUGAUGUUUUCUUUUACCUCAUGGAUUUCUCAUGUAAAAUAUAUUUCGUGUGAGUCCAUGCACGAAUUGUGUAACCAUUUUAAAGAAAGAAUGAAAAUACGUACCUACUUAAUUUGCUGUCUUCUUUGAGUUUUUUUCUUGUUGUUUGUUUGCUAAAAUUUUUUAUUUACAUCUCAAACAAAAUAUUUGAUCGACCUAUACACAAAAUAGUAAAAUAUGGCAUUGCAGGCAUAAGCAUGUAGAAUAAGGUUUUUCCUUUUUUUUUUGUUUAAAUUACUAGACAGAUGGCACAGUGCCUAUAUAACAAAAUUAAUAAGAUAAACAUAUGCACUGGCUGCUCUUUAAACUAAAUAUAGAAUGACCACAGGGAAGCCUCUUAGAAAAAUACUGGUGCACUAGUUCAGUGUUGUUUAAUCCGCAUGUGAGAGCCUAGUACCGAGCCAGCUAGCCAAUUGACUUAACACAGUCAUCCGAAGCCCAGGCUAGGUAAGGGCAGAGAUAUUUUGCAAGGGUCACUUGAGUAGGCAUCCCAAACAGGCCCUGGAGUACAACUGUACCUGCCCCGAGCUUGGGAAGGAGGCAACACCUUUGCUCCAAGGACCAAGCGACUAAUAGUACUUCAGUCCAUCCCCCUUGGAGGUCUGCAAAAGAGACAGGAUCAGAUUUGCCAUUUUCACUAUCCUCUUCAGGUUUCCGUCCACUGGCAUGGGCGGUGUGUUGAGGACAUUCCUUGUAUGGCUCUCAGCCCAGGUAGGCUCUACUGUAGAGGUGCACUGCUGCUUAUGUAAGAAAUGCCUGGCACAAGCAUCCAAGACCUUUUUUCCGCGUUGACUCAUCUCUCCAGAGAAUGCUAGUUUGAGCAUUGAUUCAAUUGUGUCAAAUCCCCACUUUGCUAGUGGUCCUUGUGGUUAUGUAUACUGAUUUCUACAAGAUUUCGGUAUAUAGCCUUUUUAUAAACACAAGUUUUGUUCUAUUUUCAGUUCUAAGAGGGAGAACUGCAGUGCUCGAGUCCUGCAGGAACGCGUGGGAACAGCGUUCCUGCACUUUUUCCAAAGCAGGAACGCAGUUCCCACUAGUAGUCCUGCAGGACCUGCCAGGGCCAAUCCUGGGGGGGUGCACCGUGCCCAGGAGGUGGGAAGCUGUGAUGUUAAUAUUCCAUAUUUAUUAAGAUUGAGCAAAAACAAGAUGACCCAGCAUAGAAUGUUCUAUAACAUGUCUGGCCAAUAUCCAAAGUGGCCUCUGUGCUUGAAAGGAGGAUUUGGUGCCAGCGACUGAGUAUAGGGAUAUAGCUUCAGGGAAAAGGUACCGCAUGUGUUUGGCAUUAAGCCUUGGGUGGUCAUGACUGGCCUGAUCAACCAUAAAGAUUACUUAAUGCGCAUGACAUAUACAUGCUGGGCUGCACUGAUAAGAAAACUUGGAAAAGUACAGACUAUACAUCCCAUUGGUAAAAAGGUAUAAAAGAUGGAGAAACCUGGCACUCCCUUGGAGAACUACCUACCUGUAACACGGACGUGUGUUGCUGAUCUUUGCUGUUCCCAGUAGAGAGGGUCCUUCCAUGUCUGACUGCAUGAGUUCCCCCAGUCGUUUGCAGCAGAGUAACAACUAAGCUUCUCUAAUGGUGAUGUAUAUUUAAGCUGUUUGAGGUGAAUGCAUGCAAUAAUUUAAAUCAGAGUACUACUUAUAUUGUAUUGGGUCCCUUUAUGGACAAUAAAGUGUGAUGUAAAUUCUUAUAUUCAA